AUGGAAGCUCCACCGAAGAAAGUCGUUGAAGCUCCCCAUCGAUCCAAGAGUGAGAUACUUAGAUCAGUACGUCAGAUGCUAGAGAAUGAUUCUGAUCAGAUGGAUAACUUUCAAAAUCUUGUGGCCCAGCCAAUCUUAGAAUUUCUAAGAGUCCACGAAGAUCAGUACAAAGACUGGCCAGGUGUGUGGAACCUGUUUACAGGCUUUCCUUCGUAUUUUAAAUUCUUAAAACAAAUCGCACGCGAAUUUUCAGAAAAUUGUCGUGAUGCAAAUAUUACAGGUCCAUUUACUUCAUGGGUUCAAACUAUACCACGUAUAAUAUCAUGUUAUCUUGGAUUCUUUCAUGAUUACCAUAUUAAUAAUGAAUUGUUCAAUCAAAUUCGCCAAUCUUUCGAAGAUUUUAAUUCCGUUUGUUUGAAUGGAGAGAAGGAGUUUGGUAUGCUUUGUAAGGAUUAUUUUAAAGAACUACUUAAUUUUAUACCCAAAUUGCUCAAAGAGCUUCAGCCAAUGAGAUUUGUAAUAGCUCCUACAGCAAAUGAUUUCUCACAACUUGAAAAUGUUGUUGAUCAACUUCAAUCUGCGAUUCAGAAGUCAAAUGCUUCAUUAAAUGAUGAUGUACCUCAAAAAUACGACGGAUACUUGUUCAUGAAGAUCAAGGCACAUGAUUUCUUCGGAACUGUUUCAGAGGCAUUCAAACCAGAUACAGGAGACCGUUACAAAGCUCAUAUUAUUUCAAAAGUUUCAAAUAGAUCGCAAUUAUAUACAGAUCAGAUUAAAAUUAUGCUUGAAGCCACUCGUAAAUCGCCAAACAUCAACAUUCUUAAGGUAGUUAAGAUGAUGGAAGACGAAUUAUUUUAUUAUGUAAUAUUUCCUUUCACAGAAGAAAUGGAAUUAUCAGCAAUUCUUCAAAGAGGUGGUAAACUUCCAGAAGAAGCAGCUAGACCAAUCUUCAGGCAGCUAAUGCACGCGAUACAACAUUUACAUUCGCUUGGCAUUGUUCACGGCCAUAUAACCCCUCAAAACAUAAUAUUAUAUAACGGAAAGAUUAAACUCUACGACUUCUCUUAUUGUCAUUUCGCUAAAAGAGGAGAGAAAAAAGGACAAAUUUUGAAUUCUACGGCUUAUGCAUGCCCAGAUUCAUUAAAAGGUCGUGUAUUUGAUGGAACUGCUGCUGAUAUCUGGUCUGCUGGCGUAAUUCUCUUUGAAUUAUUAACAGGAAAACCAUUAUUUAAUGCAAAAAAUUCGGACGUUCUUAAAAACAAAGUUCUGAGAUGUACGAUCGUAUAUCCAAAAGAAUUCUCGCCGUCCAUCAUUCCUUUACUUCGUGGAAUCUUAAAUCCAUUGCCACAAGAAAGAUUAACAAUAGAACAGAUUCUUUCUCACGCUUGGAUGAAGAAGAUCCAUGAAGUGACAAUGAAAAACUUACUUGCUGCUACCCCGCCUGUUUCUCCAACUGUUUCUCCACUUGCAACUAGACCCGGAUCGCCAUUUGGCAAAAAAUAG